GGCGAGGGGGAGGGCGAGGGGUAUCCGCUGCUGCUGCUGCUCGACCUGCCCCGCGGGUGCAUUUGAAGAUGCGGUGGUUUUUGAUGCUGACCCUUUCCCCCAGGGGAGUGUACAAUCCGCCGUGGAUUUGAUACGGUAGGUCGGCUCCCCUCUAUUGACACAUCCGUCUGCCACGGAAUGGGGAGGGAUUGCGGCUGUAGGUAUUCGUGCUGAUGAUGCGUUUAUCGGAACACUCUACUCACAGCAUUGCAUCGCAAUCGAUAGGCUUUUCAGCCGUACAUAUGUAACUAUGAUACUACCUACAUGCCGUACGGUAUUGCACGAGGCAGUCGGUCUGGAUGUAUGUAGGUGGAAAACGUGGGCCUGGUAUCUGGUCUCCGGUGUCUGGCCGGCGACCAUCCAUCCAUCCAGAUAUAUUUCCCCUCUAACCUCCUCCUCUUCCUCCUCCGAUGUCCGUCUGUCUGUCUGUUUGUUGAUCGUUACCUAUCUUUCCAUCCAUCCAUCUAAUUGCCCACGGAUAUCCCACGGGUAUCCCAUCUCGGUCCAGUCCAACCUUUUACACACACUCUCUCCGAUUCGUCACAUCACAUCACAUUACAGCACCAGAAAGGGGUCUGUUGGGCUGAGAGAAGGCAUGAAGGAAGGGAAAAAAACAAAACAAAGGGCCACAUCCCUCGUAUCGUGUCGUAUCCAGCGGAGAUGUACAUACUAUGGACUGGUAUAUAGACCUGCUGGAAUAUAGACUGGAAUAUACAGUAGCUUCUA